GUACGUAUACGGGUUUGGGGUAAAUUUUAGACAAACUUUAUGUGAAUUUUAUGAUGGAAAGAUGUGGUUUUUAUGGUGAUAUUUUUUUAUCAAUCGUUUAAGGAAUUUGUUACGAAACCAAUGUUUAUUAGGAAUUUGGGAAAAAAUCGUUUAUGAAUUAAUCAUUUGUAAUGUUGAUUUUAGGUCAAGUGACCUAAAUGAAAAUUCUCAUUCUGAUGUUAUUAGACCAUUUCUGAAAUGCUCUUAAAAGGGACACACACACAGAACGUUGACUUUGACGCGGACGAAGAGACCCCCCCGGGUAGGGGGUAAAAAGGGGUUUUCUGUUGAACACACAAAAUGGGAAUUAAAAUCGGAUGGUGCGCAUGCGCUCGAUUUUCACUCUCGACCCCAGAUGCUGGUUGCUCCAUCCAUACCCCCGUUUCGCAGCCCCCAGAUUCGCGACAUUCGCGAAACCUUCAGCUCCGACCGUUUCGGAGCUGCGCGCCCUCCUAUUAACACUUUUUUUUUGUGUACUGACAUCAAAUUUAACACGAUUACUGCGACACACACACGAAAAUCAAAAAAAAUUAAUUUCGUCGGCAUCAAAAUUAAAAAAAAAUUAAUAUUUAAUAAAAAAAAAAAUAGCCCGCAAUUAAUUAAUAAAAUAAACGCGUUUUAAUAUCUUUCUCAUCUAUAUAUCUCUCUCUCUCUCACUUACAAUCUUUCGAGCCGAAAACAACCCCUUCACAGCCGAAAACGAAACUGGUGCUUAUCAAACGUGCUUUAAGAAGAUAAAAAAUACAUCACAUCGAUCUAAAAAACCAUUGUGGGACCAAAUAAAACAGAAAAUUACCAACAAAACGAGAGAAAGAUUAAAAAAUUUAAGAAGAUUUCAAUUAAUAAUAAUUUUUAUGGAAACGAAAGGGAAAAGUUGAAACAUUUCCCUUAAAGUGGAACUAUGAAUCCUCGCAUACGAAGUAUGGAACAUAUUGGUUAUCUUGGUAAUUCGAGAGUAGUUCUGAAUCAUUUCGAUGCGGCAACUCAGGCAGAUAUACAACAUGUUGCGCUUAGUUACGAAUCUGAAGAUGAAACGAUGGGGAGAAUAUACGCGAAAUCUCGCCGUGGAACCGCUUUGUAUAGCAAACAAGAUAUUAGGGAACAAUAUUGCAUUUCCGAUCGCGGCUUGGGUGCAUUGGAAACACAAAGGACCAGCUUUUUCGGGUGCUUAUCCUCGCAUCAACCGUCUCCUUGCAACAAAACUUCUUUUUUGACGGUUUGCGUCCGACAAAAGAUACCUUCCGAUGAGAAUUUGCACGAACUUUAUAGACGGCACCCCAUUGAGUACGCCCCAUAUCCUCGAAGACCAAGGUACCCUUGGGCGAUUCAACCACCAGAUGUUUAUCGUUACGAUGAAGACGUAAGUAGCCACUCAUAUUUCCGGAGAAAAAUGCAGGUUGACCCCGCUAAAUACACCUGGAUGCCUUCCGAUGAUGAAUCCGUUAGGAUGGAGAGACCUAGAUCCGUUUUGGAUUCGUGUUUAGCCCAUCAAGGGCUCCCUCCACCCCCACCUCCAGUUCAGAGGCCAAAACAUGUAAGUUUUGCGAGAUCUCACACAUUAACUUCAUUCGACGACGCCGUAGUUUCAUUAAGUUCAUCAUCAUCGAGGAUAUCAUCAAAAAUGUCUCGGAGCCAAGAGAGAUUAAUCGACAUUCGAAAGCCGAUUAUCCCAAUUCCCAUAACCCGCCAACCCGAACCAACCGAAAAUCUCCUAGUUUUAGAGAAAUUAAAAAAAAUGCCAAUGAAAACCCAAGCGACACAAACAGAAGCGUGUUUAGGACGAAGAAUCCUCCCCGCGAAUCAACUCCAUCUAAGCCCAAGAACGAUUCAUCGCGUCAAAAUGGUUUCUCAAGGAGCCCAAACCAACGGGAUUUUAAUCAACGGAAGGAAAUUAAUGAAAUCGUAUUCGGAAGCGACAAGAUUUGGAGUUCCAUCUUAUUCGGAUCGAUCCCCCGAUCAAAUCGAACACGAACCUUUACAAAGAACUCAAUCGGAUGAGCCCCCCAGGUCGCCGUUUAUGGUGGUGUCACCCCCAACGUUGCCGGAGAAAGAAAAGGUUGAAAGCGACUCUUCCUCAACUAAAUCCGAACGCGACUCGGAGGAAUCAGAAUCAAAAUGCCAAAAAGAAAUUUUUAUCGAUUUCAAACCGGUUAGUUUUCAAACAAAAAAGCCGCUGGUUAAAACAGCGAGUGAUGGGGAGAUUUUGUUGGAUCAAAGGAAAGCGCAAAGAGCCGAAGAUGGGAUUAUUCCCGAUAAACAGAUUACCUCAAUUAGUCAUGAGGAUAUCACGGUUGAGGAGGAACCAAGAAAUUUUUUGCCGUACUUUAAAAAUCAACCGAUUAGACACGAAGGGAUUUUUAAAGAUUUAGGCGAACACGUUUUUAGCUCGAUCGAUGAAAGCAUUGAGGGGAAUUCUUUGCUCCCCCAAGAUUCCGUGGAUGAAGAAUUCCACGAAAAUUUCAUUUACAACCGGAUGUAUAUUAGAAACGGAUCAAGCAGUGAUCACGAACAACAUAUUCCCCCUAGGAUCUCCGAGGAAGCUUCCCCAGCCGAUGAGGGAAUAGUCCCAUCAUUAUCCUUUAAAAAAAUAUCUCCUUUUGCAUCAACAGAUUCUUUAGCUAACGAUAUCCGGGAUCAUUCCGAUGGGAUUUGGAACGAAUCCCAAGCUACCGUUCUUCAAGCUGACUCCGGAACAGAAAAUGGAACGGCUUUAAGUAGUUCUGAAAUGACCUCAUUAACGGCGACCUCACCCGGAAUUAGUGGAGUUUCUACUUUGUUGACGCCGUCUUCAAGGAGGAAACACCUUUUAUUGUUGCAACACCAACAAAGAUCUUCGAUGGACACCGAAGUCUUGGAUGAAGAAGACCCGGUUAAAUUAGAAGUACCAAUUGUACAAACGCACGUGCAAGAAGGAAAACAUCAACAAUUCUUGGUUCCUAGAAGGGCGAAAUCGCCCGUUUGGAAGAGGAGGGAACUCGAACCCGAGUCUCCUCUCCCAGCCGUUGUUCCUGAUUUACUUUUAGCUCGAACUGAUUCCGGAAAAACAAACACCGACGUUUCGGAAAGCACCACAACAACCGAUGAUUAUAUCACUGCCACAUCCGGUACCGAUAGUUCUAGGAAAAGUAAUUCAAUCAAAGGUAACUCACAAAAACAACGCCAACACAAAAGCCAAGAGGGAAGUUCUUUCGAAAGCGGCUCCUCAAUGUACUCAAAAACCGAUUACCUCCUUGAAGAUAUGGUGGUCCCUUCGUAUUCUCCACCCCCCAUAAUCGAAGAAAAUUUAGAAAUCACCACAACACCCAUCCCGGAAGUGCACGCAUCCGGGCGAUCUUCCCCCAGCGGAAGUAGCUCCUCAUCCGGGAGUUACAGCUUAAACGGAUCGUGUCCAGAUUUACCUAAAAAACGAGUUGUGCCUUCCACGAAGAAUUUAUCUGUAUCGGAAGAUGAUAGGAGCCUCCAUUAUUCUUCUUCGGGUUAUUACGAAUCGCCUUUAGAAGAUGAUGUAACUUGGAAAUCAUCAAAAUCAGAUAAAACCGAGUAUUACACCGAUGAAGCACGAAAAAAGAAACGGCCGUUUAUUUUGGAGGUUAAACAAUUUUCGGAAUCAAAAAGAGAUUUUAAACACACGAGGAAAUAUUCCCCAUCGAAAGAUAGCGUUAAAGAUAAACCAAAACGUGGGAAAAUUCGUACGAGGAGUCCAAUGCAAAAUCAUAAAAAACCAGUUAAAAAGUCGCCGAGUUUACGAAGUCCCGAUGAGGAGUGGUUACAAGUUGAAGAAUCAAAACAACCCGUUCACCACAUCACUUCCGACGAAUCCAGUAGCGGGGUACGCGAAGAAAAGAAAAAACAAGACCAAUUAUCUCCAAGGAAAACCAAAAAGCUCCGAGAAAACAACCGGAGGAAAUCGAUUCCUCGCUCACCAACAUCAUCAUCAAAAAGUCGAUCAAAACGAUCUAAUAUCGAUGACGAAAAAGAAAAGGCUUCGAGUUUACCGGGGAGUUUACCGAGGAAAUCUUCGAUUAAUAAAGAAAAACAAGAUUUAUCCUCCCCGAAACGGAGGCGCAGCCCCGACACUUCGCGUUUGAAAGCUUUAAGUGCCGAAUCUUUACGGUCUGUAAGUCCCGGAAGUGACUCCGUUUUCUAUAGUGACCCAAGUUCGCAUGCUGCCGCAGCCGUAGAACACCAAGUGCAUUGUUUACAUUGUGGGAAAGAAGUAGAUAUUGUCACAACGGACGAUCACGAUAAAUCGAUAAGUAGUAAUGGGGUUCAACCCGAUAUUGUUCAACCACCGGCGGGAUUUGCCGAUUCUCCACGUCAAAAACAUCCCCCAGGACGGUUAUAUAAAAAGUUGGAGAAACGAUUUCGAUCGGAAGAGCGCACCAUUGAAAGGAGACAUUUAAAAUAUCGAUCUGAUGUGAGAGCUAAGUCAGAAGAACGAGGAAAUCGUUCAGAAUCGGGAGGAAAAGGACGAUUACGGCCAUUGGACUCGAAUGUGGAGGGUUUGAGAGCAACCGAUUCAAGUCCAAGCGUACUUCCAGGGGCGCCAGAUGACGAAGAUGAUUUGGGGUUGUACAAUGUGCCUUAUACGGAUGGGUACUGGAUUUAUAUCGGCGAUCAAGAAGAGAUGCAAACUUGGUCUAGACCGGAAUCAGCUACAGAUGAAGAACUUCCACGAAGAGAUUCAGUUUCAAGUAUUGAAAGUACGGAAUCCGAGCACGAAUUCCGAAAGAAAUACCAAGCGGUUACUCACAGGAUGGUCCACAGAAAAUCUUGUUUGGAAAUGUAUAAAAGACAAGCUUCCAAGUCGUUUGGUACGUAUUAAUUAAUUUUUUUAUCGAAAAGAAAAUGAGAAAGAAAACAAUGAUCAAAAUUUCCUAAUUUCUUAAUAUAACGCAACACUGACGCCUCGUUCUAAAUAUAGAGGCGACUGAAAUAGGUUAGACUCGUAAGAAGAAAAUCAAAAAAGAAUGAAAAAAUUAAGUAACAGAGACACUCAUUUCUAAAUGUGUUUUAAGCGGGUUAUAAAGUUGGUGGAGUGAGUUAACAAAAAAAAUUGUUUAAAUUAGUUUAUUCGAAUUAUGCCGGGAUUAAUAUGGACAAUUUUUUAGUCGAUCCUUCAUCGGGAGAUCAUGAAAGUUUAAGACAAAAAUUAGAGGAAGUGUUAAAGUUGAUGUUAACGGUAUGGUGCAAAGAAAAUUUGGUUAAUAAAACACUUACAGGAAAAUCCAACGGUAAUAUAUCUCGAUAAACAUAAAAAUCUA